UGUGAAUACCCUCCGUUGAUAAACGCUACGGCGGAUGAGCUUCAGGCUGGACUCAGCGGAGGAUGUUUUACCAGCCUCGAUCUGGUUAAUACUUAUGUUGCAAGGAUUCAAGAGGUCAAUGACACAUUGCACAUGGUUACACAGUUGAAUCCAGACGCCUGGCAGAUCGCGAUGCAACUGGAUAUUGAACGGAUGACCGGCAAGGUUCGAGGGCCACUUCACGGUCUCCCCAUUUUGAUCAAGGCCAACUUGGGCACUAAGGAUAAGCUGGAAACAACCGCCGGUUCUUAUGCCUUGGUUGGAGCCAAGGUACCCGCCGAUUCGACUGUGGCGGCCAAGCUUCGAGAAGCUGGAAUGGUCAUCUUAGGGAAGACUGACCUCUCCCAAUGGGCGAACUUCCGUUCCUAUAAUAGCUCCAAUGGCUGGAGCGCCUAUGGAGGGCAGACAUAUGAUGCUUAUUUCCCUAUGCAAGAUCCUAGCGGAAGUUCCAGUGGUAGUGGUGUCGCAUCCGACCUGGGUCUCGCGUUUGCUGCCAUUGGGACAGAGACGAGCGGCAGCAUCGUAAGCCCCAGUGAGUUCAACAAUCUCGUGGGCAUCAAGCCCUCUGUUGGCCUGACCUCUCGGUACCUGGUUGUGCCAAUCAGUGAGCGUCAGGAUACCGUUGGUCCCAUGGCCAGGACCGUCAAGGACGCCGCAAAGGUGCUCCAAGCCAUUGCAGGGAAAGACUCAAACGAUAACUACACGAUGGCGAUCCCAUUCAACGAAUCUCUUCCUGAUUAUGUUGGAGCCUGCAAAUUGGAUGGUCUCCAAGGAAAGCGGAUUGGUGUUGCCCGCAACGUCAUUGACCUGUCCGCAACAAAUGAUUCGGCCCCUAUCAUCGCAGCUUUCAACAAUGCUAUCAAGAUCAUCGCCUCAGCAGGCGCUACGAUUGUUGAGGACGCCAACUUCACAGCCUACGCCACAUAUGCGAACAGCAGCAUUCCGGAGAGCAUACUGCAAGCUGAUUUUGUCAGCGAUAUCGCAAAGUACUUUUCAGAACUCGAAACCAAUCCCACCAAUAUCCACGAUCUCGCUCAACUGCGUAACUUCACCCAGCAUUUCCCGCUGGAAGACUAUCCCAACCGCGACACUGGGAUCUGGGAUGCUGCCCUUGCGGCGGGCAUCAACAACACCUCUCCAGAAUUCUGGCCGAUCUAUCAGAAGAACUUAUACUUUGGCGGCAAGGGUGGGAUCCUGGGAGCUCUUAAGCGGCACAACCUCGAUGCCGUCAUCCUCCCAACUGGCAUGGCAUACCCUGUUUCCGCUCUGGUCGGUGCGCCUCUCAUUACCGUCCCGCUUGGCGCGUAUCCGAAAGGCACCCAGGUGGAAUGGAAUAGUCGAGGAGACCUCGUGGAGCAGGGACCAGGGACGCCGUUUGGGAUCAGCUUCAUGGGUGCGAAGUGGAGCGAGGAGUCACUGAUCGAGAUGGCCUACGCAUUUGAGCAGAGGACAUUGGUAAGGGGGACAUUGAGCCAUUAUAUCCAACCGCGGACGGAGCUGAAGGACGUUGUAAUCUGA